GCUUUAGACACUUCUCAAUAGAUUAAGAGUCAUUAAAACUCUCAAAAAAUUAUUUCAUAAAUGCUUUAUUAUAUAUUUCUGAAUAUGAAAAUAUUUAAGACGAAAUUAUGUUUGUUAAAGUAGACAGGUAAAAUUGUUGUUGCAAAGAAUAAUAACAAACCGAUAACUUGAAUGAAAACUCAUCUUAAGCUAAUGCCAAUUAAAGAUAGGAUAGGAUAAUCGAUUUCAUCGAUUUAGUUUUCUUUAUUAUUAUAUUGUUUUACCUGUAGAAUAUAUAUUCACAAGCGAAGAUAACCGAAACUCCAAUAUAGUGAAUGAAUUAGGUUGGAACCUAACACUAACACACGUGAAGAUGGAACCAAAUACCGAAAAUAAAUUGGACGAAGUGCAGAGACAGAUAUUUGAUCGCAUUGCCAAAAACGAUGUAAAUGGCUUCAAGCAGCUGAUAACCCAACUAAAGGAGGGUGUCGAUUUUGUAGACGAGGAUGGGAUGACUCCGCUCCAACAUGCUUGUUGCAAGGGUAAUAAAGAAGCAGUACAAAUCUUAUUAGAUAUGGGCGCUGAUAUACAUUUCAAUAAACAUGGCGCUGAUUAUACUCCGUUGCACUUUGCUGCUUUGUCAGGCAACACGGAAGUGUGUCGGCUUAUUCUAGAUGCUGGUAUAAAUCCAAGUAGUUUAAAUAGCGUUUCACGGACGGCAUCACAGAUGGCUGCUUUUGUUGGUAAUCACUCCUGCGUGGAAACGAUCAAUAACUAUGUUCCCCGAAAGACAUUGGAGUACUAUACACGUGUACAGGGUCAACAAAAAGAGCCAUUGAUACCUCCUGGAAUGAUGGAUUUGUUUCAUCAAUUUGUUAUAGAAAUUAAUUUGCAUCCAGUGCGCAUCGCACUAAAUUUACAAUCUUUGGGAUUGUUAAAAAAUUUGCAAGGUUUGAAGAAAACUUUGGAGUUAAUGUGUGACAAGGAAAUGAAGAAGACCAAUGAUGUUAAUGAACUCAUGGCUUUUAAGUUUCACUAUCUUGGUUGGAUUGUGUCGGAAUUAAUGCGCUGUGAGGAACAGUGUAAAGCCCAACGUAAGGAAAAGUUGAAUGAAGUUGAUGCUGGAAAGCACGAUUUUGUGGAAUUAUUUAUAAAGCGAGUAUUAAAAGAAAACAAAAUUGGCCAGCUGGAUUACAUAGAAUUUACUCUACGUGAUUGCGUGCGUGAGUUUCCGUUCAGAGAUUGCACUGUGUUUCGCCAAGUUGUUUCCCAACUAGCUGCUAAAGAUCCGCAACCUGCACUAGUGGUCUUUCGCAAUGCUAUUAACGGCCAUCGAGGUUUUGCGGAUGAUACAUCAUAUUGCAGUUCUUGUGGUAAUGAAAAACCAGACAAAAAGUGCUCAAAAUGUAAACAAGUGAAAUAUUGUGAUCGUGAAUGUCAACGUUUGCAUUGGUUUAUGCAUAAAAAAACUUGCGCCAGACCUACCUCGAACGCUACUGCUUCGACCAGUACUUCAUCAGCCAAGGAGCCAAUAGAUACAGCUGAACUACACGAGGAACUUUCAAAAAUUACUACUAGCUAAAUGAUGUGUAUAUUUGUACGACUAAUAAAUGUUUGGUACCUUUA